AUGGGUUGUCAAGCAAAUUCCGCUGCUCAAAUGGGUAAUAAUUCUUCUGGAUUUACGUUUCCCUUUACCAAUAUUUCCAAUUUUGUUUCUACAAAAUUAGGGCCAAAUAAUUUUUUGUUGUGGCGAGAUCAGAUGGAAUCAAUUCUUGUUUCUACUGAUUUAUAUGGCUAUGUUAAUGGUGAGAUUGAACAACCAGUGAAACAGAUUGAAAUUGAUGGAGUUUUAACAUUGAAUUCACAAUGGGUUUUGUGGAGGAAAAUUGAUUGUUUUGUAACUAGUUGUAUGAAGGCCUCGUUUACUGAUUCUGUGUCUGGUGAUGUAUUGGGGCUUUCCACUGCAAGAGAAAUUUGGGAAUUUAUUGAGGUAACUUUUAAGAGUCAGUUCAUGGCUAGAAAGAAUAUGCUAAGAAAUCAGUUACUUAAUGUCAAGAAAGGAAAUAUGACAAUACUUGUGUAUUUGCAAAAUAUCAAGACCAUAGCAGAUUCUUUAGCUGCUAUUGGAGAAAGGGUUAGCAAUUCUGACUUGACUAUGUAUGUAUUGAAUGGAUUGGUUAGAGAUUAUGAUAACUUUGUUGUAGCUGCUCACAAUAGAGAAGUUCCAUAUACUUUUGCUGAGUUAAAACCAAGACUUCUCAAUCAUGAACAGUGGCUUCUAAAACAACAUCAAGAUUCUAGUACUGUAUUUGAUACUCAACAUUCUACUGCUCUGUAUAGUAGGAAUGGUAAUUCUAGUAAUGGAAGAGGAAAGUCUAAGAAUACUUCUGGAUAUAAGAAUGCUCCUAGUAAUGGUUCUGGUUAUAAAAAUGCUUAA